AUGGCCGAAUCUCCCAUCGCCGAACCUCUAGCGGUUCAAGAAACUGCUCUUGUGUCAGAGGAGCAAUCGGAGCAGCAACAACAGCCCGAACCCGUGAAGAAAACCAAGAAGAUCAUUCGAAAGAAACGCCGCCCAGCUCGCGUGCAGGUCGAUCCUUCAGAAAUCAAGUCCGAACAACCUCCGCAGACUGGAGAUUUGUUCAAUAUCUGGUAUAGCAAAUGGUCCGGCGGUGAUCGCGAAGACAGAUUUGGAUUGAACACACCUGCACCGACGAGAUGCGACCCUAUUAGAGAUUCGGGAUACACCAAGGCGGACCGCGUUCCAGGUUCAUUCUUCUGUCUUUAUUUCGCAAAGGGAACGUGCUGCAAAGGAGCGGAUUGUGAAUACCUUCAUCGGCUACCGACUAUUCAUGACCUUUUCAAUCCAAACGUGGAUUGUUUCGGCCGGGAUAAGCAUUCAGAUUACAGAGAUUUCAACGGCAAAAUCGCACUCUCUACGUCGGACGAAUUCAUGUUUCGGUAUGGUUUCAAUGCUUGUCUGUUACAACGCGUAAAAUUAACAUAUCCGUACUCACAGGACGCAAUUGAAGAAAUUGUGGCACGUCAUUUUGCGCCUUGGGGAGAAAUUGCCCGAACAAGAGUUUUAACUGGCCGUGGAGUUGCUUUCGUGACAUAUGCCAACGAGGCCAAUGCCCAAUUUGCCAAGGAAGCUAUGAGCCAUCAAGCCUUAGAUGACAAUGAGAUCAUCAACGUGCGAUGGGCAACAGUUGACCCCAAUCCGAUGGCACAGAAGCGUGAGGCACGUCAAUUGGAAGAGCAAGCCGCCGAAGCAGUGCGCCGGGCACUACCAGCCGCAUUCGUGGCCGAGAUCGAAGGCCGAGACCCCGAAGCCAAGAAGCGGAAAAAGAUCGAAGGCAGUUUCGGGUUGGAUGGGUAUGAUGUCCCAGAUGAUGUGUGGCACGCUCGCACACGACAGCUAGAGUCAGCACCGGAGACUGCUCAGCUCGAGGCACCGGAACAGCCGUUGAUGAUUGAGCCAACAUACGCACAACCCGAGCCCGAGGCACAAAGUGGCAUUUUCUCCAGUGCGACUAUGGCUGCGCUGCGCGGACUUGCUGGUGGUAAUAUUACGACAAAGGCUGCAUCCAAGCCAUCGGGAGGGCCGUUAGUCGCUUACGGAAGCGAUGAUGAAAGCGACUAG